CCUUGGAAUUUUCAAGGCCAACUCUCUAUUUCCGCGCAUUUAAGAAGUGACGCUUCUUGGGUCUUUCAUUUUAUCGCGCAGUGUGGGUGUAUAUUCCUACUGAUCAUUUGGUACUCCUUAACCAAAGCUUCCUACAUGGAUAAAAAACUGGCUGAAUCUAUUGAAGAAUGGAUGAAGCAUGACAAGAAUGAAAACACUCGCUCACAAAUCAAGUUACUGAAAGAUAAAGAAGCAUGGGAUGAGUUACGAAAGUUAUUGCUAGAAAGAAUGGCAUUUGGGACUGCUGGAUUACGAGCAAGAAUGGGACCGGGAUAUUCUCAGAUGAAUGACCUAACAAUUAUACAAACAACUCAGGGUUUACUUAAGUAUUCGCUAAAAACAUUCUCAGGUCUCAAGUCAGAUGGAAUUAUAGUUGGUUAUGAUGCUCGACAUAAUAGCAAAAAAUGGGCGCUUAUUGUCGCUAAUAUAUUUAUUAAUGCUGGCUGUAAAGUGUACUUGUUCAAAGAUACAUUCCCAACUCCUAUGGUCGCAUUUGGUGUUAGGCUUUUCAAAACAGCCUUGGGUGUUAUGAUUACUGCAUCACACAAUCCGAAAGAUGACAAUGGUUACAAAGUUUACUGGUCGAAUGGAUGUCAGAUAAUCAGUCCCCAUGACAGUGGUAUAUCAAGUUGCAUCCUUGAAAGCUUGGUACCUUUGGAAACUUCAUGGAACAUAGAUAAUAUUGAGGCGAAUCCUCUCUGCUUAGAUCCAAUGCCUAGGCUUUUGAAAACUUACUGUCGACUACAGAAGAGUAGACUUUGUUUUACAGAAUCUGAAAAUAUAAAAUGCAAAACCCCUUUUGUGUAUACGCCUAUGCAUGGUGUAGGUUGGGAAGCAGUUAAAGCACUAGUUUCGUGUUUUGGGUUUCCUCCACUUGAACCAGUUCCUGAACAGAUAAUGCCUGAUCCAGACUUUCCAACCGUUGACUAUCCAAAUCCAGAAGAAGGUCGUUCUGCACUCAAUUUAGGUAUUAAACAUGCGGAAUCUAUUAAAAGUACCAUCAUUUUUGCCAAUGAUCCAGACGCUGAUAGACUAGCAGUUGCUGAAAAACAAACAUCUGGUCAAUGGAAAAUUUUCAGUGGCAAUGAACUUGGAGCUUUAUUUGGUUGGUGGUUAUCUUUGCAGUGGAAAAUACACAAUCCUCAAGUAAAACCUUCCAGUGUUGCUGUAUUAUCUAGUACUGUGUCUUCUAAAAUAUUAAAAACUAUUGCCGAACAAGAAGGGUUUCGAUUUGAGGAAACUUUAACUGGUUUCAAAUGGUUGGGUAAUCGAUCCUGUGAGCUUGAGUCGCAAAAUAUUAAAACAAUUUUCGCUUUCGAAGAAGCUAUAGGUUUUAUGUGCGGUGAUGUUGUCUGGGAUAAAGACGGUGUUGGGGCUUUAGCAGUUAUGGCUGAACUCACUUCUUAUGUUUAUCAUAAAGGAAAACUAUUAUCUGAUCAAUUAAUAGAGAUUUAUAACAUAGUAUCUAAUCACUUUUGGGAUGGAAUAUAUGUUUCCAGUUAGUUACUAAAACGAUCCUAGUGCGUUGUACAGGAUAUCAUCUGGCACAUAAAUCAAAUUAUGUGGAUUAGUGUUCCCUACAUUCAUGUCAAUCAUCCUCCUACGAAGAGCUUUAAAUAUCACAUUAUUUCGUCUUUACUUUAUUCUUUCUGCAAACUACGUACUGUUGACUAUUAACAGUCAAACGUUUGACUUCAAUGUAUUCGAAAUUCAUGGUUUUCUUUUGAAGAUAAGUUUACUGGUUAUACCUUUUCUGGGUUUCUAAUUACCUUUUAUUUAAUUGUCAUGCAGUUGACUUUUUGAACUCUGUUCAUUCAUCAUUAUAAUGUUUUUCUUAACUUUAAGCACGCUCGCACAUGUACACACCCUUUUUUCAUGACUGAUUACUACAAUCUACAAAAAUGAAUAACCUUAAAGAAUUGAUUUUUCCCCCUCACAAUAAGGCCAUUAAUGAUUUAAUUUUGAUUUUAGAAAAUGCAUUUGGAACUAACUAUAGCUAACUGGGCAACCAUACCUUUUCCUUUUUGUUUGUUUCAUGUAAUAAUAUUUUAAGUUUAUGAAUAUUUGUCAGUUGCUUCUCAUUUUUGAAUUGACUAGAUUCUAUCAGCUGAUGGCAUAUCCACAUAUUCUUAGAUUACUUAUACAUUCUAGUAAACUUCCAAGUGAAUUAAAUUUGACUAUUCGAGAGAUCGCGAAUUUUUUUCGAAAUCAGAUAAAUGCAUGAUUUUUAAGAAUCAAUGUAGAUAAAAUGUUUUGGUCCAUAGCUUCCUGUUAAUUAACUCGGAGAAUCGUACUCUGUAUUUUUGAAUAUUCAAUGAUGGUUGUGUUGUCAUGGUUACUAGUAGCGACGCAUAAAAUUUUAGAAUUCUAGGAAUUCUACUUCAUCUAAACUCAGUUUUGUUCGCUAUAGUGCAACGUACACGAGGAUACAUGUAAAUAUUAUGUAGGAAUUACAUGUUUGUAUUGUAACAAAUAUGUUCCUACAGACUAGUAAUUUCAUCAAAAAUGAUUCUAUAUCAAAGAUCAUAGGCAUUUCUAAACUAUGUGAGAUCAACUAUUCCCUUUAUUACGAUGAAUUGCUAGGAUCUUAAAAUAAAUUCCUCUAAUAGUUCAGUCAUCAAGUAUUGGAGUCUACAUUUUGACUUUUCUGCGCGAGACUGUUAGGUCCUGGGUUCGAAUCCCGCGAGGCGGGGUCGUGGAUGAGCACUGCUGAGGAGUCCCACAAUAAGACAAAACGGCUGUCCAGUGCUUCCAGAUUUUCCAUGGUGGUCUAGCUUCAAUUGACUCAUGAUCUCAACUAUUGAAAUUACUACAAUCUCCACAAAACCCUUUCUGAUACUUUUCUGCUAAUGUUUGUAAAAAUCAGAAUUCAUCCAAUAGCCAUAAGUCAUUUUCCACUAUUAUCGUUUUUGAUGAUCUGUAAAUAUAUCUUUCAUACAAGAGUUAUUUUCACUAACACCUUAUUUUAACCACAGACGUUUCAUCUAUUCAUUUAUUCCAAUGGCUCGUUGGAUACUUUAGUUCAAUGUAAUGAUUCGAACACAUCUGGGGGAAAAAAGUGGCAUGCUUCAUUCUAGUCAACUAAAGUUAUUUCAUUAAGUACUUUAACUAAUAACCAUUUUACGAAUGUUGAUAAUUUAAAUAAGUAAUAAUAAGAACGGGCAGCGGAAAUUUUUCAGAUCCAAUGUUUACACCACUGUUCAUCAGUGAAUUCUAGCAAGAACCAUGUGUUUCAGACCAUUUUAACCAAUUGCAGAAAUAAACACGUUUGUUUUUAUUUCACAUACUUAACUCUAUAUUAUACACCUAAUAUGGACAAAUUAUUACUUUCUUUGCUGCCUUUUCACGUUACUUUUUAUUGAAUAUCAGUUAUGGUCAACAUAUUUCCAAUAAUGGUUAUUACUUUUGUCAUGAACCGGAGAAAAUUGUUAAAAUGUUCAAUCGCAUACGUAAUUGGCCUAAUGAACCUGGUCCUAAAGGCUAUCCUCAAAAACUUGGUCGAUUUCAAAUAACUGGUAUACGGGAUUUAACAGUUGGUUAUGAUGAUCAUUAUCCAGACUUAAAACCGGUAAUAUUAAUUCAAUUACACACUAAUGUGAACCAUUUCCUGUUAUUGUUUUCAAUUAAAGUUGAAUUAGGACUAACACUAAGAUCCGGGAUUUAUAUUUCGUUUGCUGAGUGUAUUUGAAUCUUACUGUUAUUGUUUGUGUUAAGACGUGAACUGAGUAUCUUUGACUUCAAAUUCCAACAAGUCAUCCACUAUGUUGUUGAGUCCAAGUAGGCACUAUCUUGUGCAAUCAACAUGAAUUUUGUUUAUAAGAGUAUGGAUUUUACCUUUAUUAAUAUCUUUCUUGGUAUAUAUGCAUUCUAAGCAAAUUACCCUGAUGUUAAGAUUUAAUCAUAAGUUUUUAUUAAAGUUAAAUGAUGGUUGCAAUAGAAUCCAAAAUACACGUUCUGCCCUAUUGUAUUACUUUUUUUUCUCAAUUCAAUUUAUACAUUAUUUAAAGUUCAUACUUGUUUCGAAGUAAAUGCACCGUGUAAAAUUAUAUCAUAUACGUAGAAAGAUAGGUAUACAUGUGCAUCACACAACAAUGUAAUCACGUUUUCAUAAAGCUUGAUAAUUUGUGUAUUAUAUUGUGCUCGUUUAAUUAACCUAAGGUCAUCGAAUCGGAGUCAAAACGUUUAAUAAACUGUUUAUGUGUAGUAAUGCAUUGAUAUAGAUCAAGUAAACCAAUUUGAAAAUUGACUAUACCAUGGUAAAAAAAUAUUUAAUUUCAAAAGGAAUCAUCUUAUCAGUAAGCUUAGUAGGUAUUACUCUACGUAUUCUAUGCAAAUAAAUAAUAGAAUACAGUGAUUCUUUUUUUUAUAUCUUGUCAUUCAUAUGUGUAGUAAUUUAAUGCUUUAAUGUUUAACCCUUUCGUUUAGUCCACCAAUGAAAAAUCUGACUUAAUUUCUUCUUUUCUGUCCAGGUAUUACCUGUUAGUAAGUCAAGUCAGUUGAUUACUUUCGAUUUCUCAAAUGGUGUGACACUAACGCUUCGUACAAGUGGAACUGAACCAAAAAUUAAAUAUUAUUCGGAAUUGAGGUCGAAACCUGGAAGCGAAGCAUCUGUGGAAUCUUUAACAAAUGAACUUCAAGAACUUGUGAAUAAAAUGAUUGAAGAAUUUUAUGAACCUGAAAAAAAUGGUUUUCUUCCUCGUGUGGAUUAAAUUGACGUUGUUAUUUACUUAUUUGUUUUAGUUGUUUAUUAGUUUAAAGGAAAGAAAAUCAUGCUUUGUUUUUUUGUUGUUAUUCUAUGUACUUUUAUUUGCUCACUCUUUGUUACUGACCUUUUUCUCUAUUUUGUUUAUUUGUUUAUUAGUUCACUAAUUUAAUAAAUUUUGAAUGAUAUUUUCUGUUAAUUUGUAGCUUUGAUUUUCAAUUUCAUUUUGAUGAACAGAAAAAUAAAGUGUUUUAAUUAUUUGUUA